AUGUCAAUCCUAACAGACCUCUUUCCGGAUCUUACAGAUCUCCAGGACGACUUCAACGAGGAGAUUGUCCAGCUUCGCCAGUCCCAGCUCUACGACUACAGUUUCCAGAUUGAUGAGCUCAAAUUCCACGAGGAAAAUGAUCAGUUCCACAACUUGCUGCCUGCUGCAUCGCCAUUGUUAGAAGAGAGCAAGUAUGUUGGUAUUCACAAGACGGAUGACUCCUCCAUGCACCAGCUCCAGCCACCCCAAUCUCAGGCCUGGAGCUUCCAGGAUCUCCAGGAUAUGCAGUUUGUAUCUCUUCCAAACCUCGAGAUUGGUCUCAUGACUCCCCCACUCACAUUUAUCGAAGAGACGGAACCAAGCACCCCCGUCAGUCUUGGCCGCCGGGACAGCAUGUUUGAGUCUCCAAGAGCGGAUUCCACUGCUUCAUCUACUGCCAAUGGACUAGGCCUUGUUACCACCAUGCAGGCGCCCUCAAGAUAUGCCGUGUCGUCAUCGCCUGCUUCUGCGGAGGACACCCAGACGAAGCGCAUAAGUGACUCACGACUAUCGCUGCCGGAGCUAGCCAAGAUCCUCAAUUUGCAAGAUGACCACAAGGAAACCGCUAAGCGCGAGCGUGAAGUCCUGAAGGUUUUAAAAGAGGAACUGGGAUUCCAGCUGGGGCAGAAAACGUGGAUCCGUGAUACUCCCGUGGCCGAACGCAAUUUGUUGAUCACGCAGCUUCGUGAUAUCUGCGAGGAAAGGUUCCACUACGGCUAUUCUAAGGAGAUCCUAGAGACAAUCGUCAGAAGGGCCAGUUACUAUAUGAUGCAGGGUAGGUUGAGACGUGAAAGACGGGCUGAGAGAAAGGGAAAGAAGGCGUGA